AUGGCUGAAUCAUCUAAUGUCACUGAGUUCAUUUUUCUGGGACUUUCUCACAAUCAGGAGGUGCAGAGAGUUUGCUUUGUGAUAUUUCUGCCCUUGUACAUGGCAAUUGUGGUGGGGAAUUUCCUCGUUGUGCUCACUGUGAUGACCAGCAGAAGUCUUGGCUCCCCCAUGUACUUCUUCCUCAGCUACCUGUCCUUCGUGGAGAUAUGCUACUCCUCUACUACAGUCCCGAAACUCCUUUUUGAUUUGCUGACUGAUCAGAAAUCUAUAUCUCUGUGGGGCUGCCUGACACAGCUUUUCUUCUUUCACUUCUUUGCUGGUACUGAGAUAUUCCUGCUCACCGUGAUGGCCUAUGACCGCUAUGUGGCCAUCUGCAAGCCCCUCAACUACACCACCAUCAUGACCCAGCAGGUGUGUGCUGUCCUGGUGGGAAUUGCAUGGUUGGGGGGCUUUGUGCAUUCCUUUUCCCAAAUCCUUCUCACCUUCCACUUGCCCUUUUGUGGCCCCAAUGUGAUCGAUCACUAUUUCUGUGAUGUGCUUCCACUGCUCAAACUUGCUUGUUCUGACACCUUCCUCAUUGGUCUGCUGAUUGUUGCCAAUGGGGGCACCCUGUCUGUCAUCAGCUUUGUGGUCCUCCUCGUCUCCUAUAUGGUCAUCUUGCUCCAUUUGAGGAACCAGAGCUCUGAAGGGCGGCGCAAGGCCCUCUCCACCUGUGGGUCCCACAUCACUGUGGUUGUCUUGUUCUUUGGGCCCAUCGUCUUCAUCUAUCUGAGGCCUUCUGCCACUCUGACUGUGGACAAGAUAGUGGCCGUGUUCUACACGAUGGUCACUCCCCUCCUCAGCCCUGUCAUCUACACCCUGAGAAAUGCUGAGGUGAAAAAUGCCUUGAAGAGGCUGUGGGUCAGGACAAUGAGACCAGAUGAUGGUUGGGGCUGA